AUGCAUCGAGUGAACGUUACACCAGCGCAGAGACAUACGGGACAUAAAACGCACUAUGCGCUAAAGCAGGUGAUUGGGAAGGGGGCAUAUGGGGUUGUUUAUAAGGCGGUGAAUAAGGCUACCGAUCAGGUUAUUGCGAUUAAGGCUAUUGAGUAUCAGAAUGAGGAGGAGUUACAUGAACAUAUGCUAGAGAUUGAUUUAUUGAAGAACUUGAGGCACGAGAAUAUUGUGAAGUACCAUGGGUUUAUACAGUCUUCACAUGAGUUAUAUAUUCUUUUGGAGUAUUGCAUUAGAGGGUCAUUACGAGAUUUGAUUAAGAAGGAAGCUUUAAGUGAGGCAAAGGCGAAGGUUUAUGUGAAGCAGACAGUGAGGGGUUUGCAAUACUUACAUGAUCAGGGUGUUAUCCAUAGGGAUAUUAAGGCUGCUAAUUUGUUGCUUACUGAGAAUGGGAUAGUGAAACUUGCAGAUUUUGGUGUUUCUACAAGGGUCACGAAUAUGGCGAUGACUUACGCAGGUUCUCCAAAUUGGAUGGCUCCCGAAGUUAUGUUAGGUAAGGGGGCGUCAACCGUUAGUGAUAUUUGGUCACUUGGCGCGACAGUUGUAGAAUUACUAACAGGAAAUCCCCCGUUUCAUAAUUUGGUUAAUGAGGCUGCGUGCUAUGCUAUUGUCAAUGAUGUCUAUUAUCCGCCAGAACACUUAUCGACACAAUGCAAGAAUUUCAUUGAGAGAUGCUUUCAGAAAAAUAUGUUUAAACGACCCCAAGCACACCAGUUGUUGCAGCAAGACUGGUUGAAGGAGGGCAGGGAUAAGUUAGAGCAAUUUAAAGAAGAUAACGUUACGGAAGACAAAUGGGAUUCCGAUUUUCUGGAAGUUAAUACUGUUGCUUCUAGGUCAUCGCCAAAGAAAAAGCUGGAUGAUUCUUAUAGAUAUAUCGACCAAUUAAGAUCUGGCCAAUUAAUUUCCCCCCCUGAAGUCGUUAUGCAGCACGUAACCGCGGAGGACAUAUCUGACUUGCUGUUUGAGCUAUGUGCUACCGAUGAAGCUAAAAAAGAGGAGCUGUUUAUGUCUUUAUUCGCUCUUGAUAAAGAGUAUAUGAUGGGUGCAGGCUUGAGGUUGUUUAUUACUUUAGGGGGUGUUCCCCUGUUGCUUUCUUAUGAAGAGGUACUAUCUACCUAUUUUGCAACAAAUAUUGCAUUGUUAGUUCAAUGUGGCAUACUAACUAAUAUUAAUAAUAUACAAGAUACAUCACUGCUAUUGAAGAUCACCGAUCAUAUGGCUCGUACUCUUUCCAGUGACCGUUGGUGCAAAUGGUGCUCUUCGGUUUCUUCAUUGCAAGAUGCAUUGAUAUCUGAAUUGCUUCAUGGAAGUAAAUUGGCAGAAACAACCUUACUACAACUAUCUUCCCAUCCAGCGUUCAGAUUCGAUUUGGGCAAACUAAUGUUAUCUAAUUUUAGAGGAUCUCUAAGAUUGCAAUAUACUAUCUUUAAAUGUUUGAAUAACAUCGUCAAACGCACUUAUUCACUGGACUUCACUAAUCAAACACCACCAAACUCAGUUUCAGCGUCAUCUUCUGUUAGCUCUCUUUCGCUUCAUAUGGAUUCUUCCUCGUACCCCGCAGGGGAAACUCUACCUAAUAAUUUUAUUGAUUGGCUACUACAUUUCAUCCCAGGUCCAGAUGGCACCUCAAAAAAUACUAAACUAUUUUUAGAGCUUUGUUAUUAUUCAACUCAUCUUAGCUCCAUUCGCCUAAGCGAAUUGAUUGAAAGUCCCCCAUUUUUGGACUUCAUUUCUGAACUCCAAAGUAAUCCAAAACUUCCACACUGGGCGUUAUGUUUGAAUAUUUGUGUGGAGUUAUCGAACGAAUUGAAUAAGGAUGCAUUACCAAAGAUGUUACGCAUAGGAAACCGCUUUUUUGAUCAGCCCGACCUGUUCACAGGCACCUUGGAGAUCCUCUUAAACUGUUUGUUAUUUGCAUUGCGUGAAGGAUACCAGUGUAAAUUAAGCGGCCCACCCGAAUCGAUUCAAAUUCUUAAUGAUAGCUACGAAUGUGGAAUAAUUCCAUGUAAUAUCUUAAUAGCGAGAUUUUUCGAAAAAGAGGACCAAUUCCCUAAUUUCAUAACGAAAUUUACCAAAUUAAUCUCCCUCCCCCCUUGUGGGAAAUUGUGCCAUGACUUAGUAAUGACUCCUAAGUUUGUGGACAAGAUGAUUCGCAUUUUUACACUCUAUCAAGCUAGUCUAAUAAUCCAAAUUGAUGCUUUGAAGUUCUUAAAGCUUGUGCUUACAAAAGCUUUAGAAUACACUCCUCAAAGCAAGCAUACUGGCGUUUCGCCAGGGAAAUUACUGGAAUCUGUACUUUUGAAGCCACUCAAAAAUUCAGAUGAAGUAUCUCUUUCCCAAAUUUUCAGUCGCAUGUCUAAGUUUUUAUCAACUAAUUGGAGUCCCAGUAAAUCAGCUCAGUUACACAUGACAACUGGUACUGCCAAUUUGCUAGACACACCCAUUGCAUCAACGACUCAGUCUCCUUCUUCAUCCCGUCAUGGUCGUUUGGGAAAAGUAGGUAAUGAUUCCAUAUUAAUUCAGCAGUUAUGUGAGGAUAUAGCCGCACUCAAUAAGGAUAACUAUACGCCUUCGCAUGAUUCAGAUGGGUUUCUAGUUCCUAGAAGGUUGCCAUCUGGGUAUUGA